AUGACGAGCUACAUUGAGGGGGACUAUAUCUGCAAUGGAAAACGGAAGACAGGGCACGAAAAAUGUUAUCCCAAAUUCCUUAUAGAGGUCUUGCCUACUCUGCGCCCCAGUCUACUCUUCAUUGUCAAUCUCUCUCUCACCUUGGGCUGUGUUCCUGAUGGCUUUAAGACGGACGGCCCCGGCAAGUGUCCCGUCGAGGACUUGCAAAUCAAGAUGGAAAACGAGAGAUGGGCGGACAGGGCUCCUGUUGAUGAUGUUCUGGCAUGGGGGGUGUCACUCGACCAUCUUUUGGAGUGCAAAACAGGCCAGCUGGUGUUUGAGGACUUCUUAAAGACAGAAUACAGCGAUGAGAACCUCCUGUUUUGGCUGGCCUGUGAGAACUACAAGAAAAAGACCAGUGACACAGAAAUGAUGGUUGCUGCCAAAAGAAUCUUUGUAGAGUUUGUCCAAGUUGAUGCGCCUAGACAGAUAAACAUUGACUGUGUGACGAGAGAAGAAAUCAGUGAAAAUAUCUCUCAGCCGGGGCCAAAUUGCUUCAACAGGGCACAGAGACUGAUAUAUGGGCUGAUGGAAAACGACUGUUAUCCACGAUUUCUGAAAUCAGAAAUCUACCAAGCUCUCCUGGAACAGGCUGAAAGGCGAUGAAAGCAACGUGAGGGGGAAAAAGCUCGUCCGACACCUCUCUGAAUGAUUGAUUCUGCUCUUCAGUCGACUCUACUUAGAAUCUCAGCUUAAAACAAACAACAAAAAAAAGACUCGUCUGUCACAGAAAGCAGAUGUGAAAGGAGAUACAGAGCUGUAGGUAUAGGGACUGACAGGAUCUAAAAGUCAAACAUGAUCUAAAUAAUGUAUUAAACAGCUUUUGAAGUCAAUUUUUGUUUGGAUCGCUUUAUAUUGCACAAAAAAACCUGUAAAUCAGAUCAAAGCUGACAUUAAGCUCUGAAAGGUGACAUUUGUUUGGAAUAACAAGUAUCAAGAGAAUAUGUUUAUACUUUGUUCACAAAAAUGUAUAAUGUGUACUAUUAAAAAAGGAAUUAUAUUAUAUAUUAUAUUCUGUUUCUGGGCUCUACUGUGUGAGCCAUGAACAAAAAUUGUCAACUGUCCAAUAUGAACCUCCACAUGGUUUUUGAAGUGUGACAUAAUUUUGGUCUGUUAAAAUUCAGUAUGAUUAUAACUGAUGAAUUAUUACGCAACAUUAACAUUCUGUGUGCUGGUAAAGAAUCUAGAAACCUGUUAUUAUUAGCAUUUCUGAAUAAUCACUUACAAGUAGUGUAUUAGUCUACCACCCAUGUCAUUUUGUGUUUGUUGGAAAUACAAUAAUGGUAACUUCAAAGCAUCUCACCCCCUGUUCUUAAAUAAGUUAUUUUUGACAAUAAAUAUUGUGUUUAUAUUGUGCUGUGUUGUUUUUGUUGGAUACAUCCUGCUGUGGCUGAUUAUGAUGAUUAACAAAUGCACCAUGCAACAGAAAAAUAGGGGAAACAUCCCCCAAAUUUAGAACAUGUUUUUUUCAAUUCUUCAGGGCUUAGUU